UUUGCAAGUGGCGUGGUUUCACUCGGUGGGCUUAUAAAUAUCAACGAUACCUUGACCUCCCACCAUCGCCACUAAAACGAAAUCGUGGUCUUACUCUCUCUUCUGACCUGAGCUCACACACAGAUUUUGAUUGUGUCUGUCACUCAUGGAACCCAAUAUUUACCAACUUGCCCUCGCGGCUCUCUUUGGAGCUUCCUUCGUUGCUGUUUCUGGGUUUUUCAUGCAUUUCAAGGCCCUGAAUCUAGUCCUUGAGCGUGGUAAGGAGCGUAAAGAGAACCCUGAAGGAGACGAGCCUCAAAAUCCUACCUUGGUGAGACGGCGGAGCCAGGUUAGAAGGAAGGGUAUUGACCAAUACGGUCGCAGUCCUGCUUCUCUUCCAGAUGCCACUCCUUUUACCGAUGGCGGCGGUGGUGAUACAGGUCGGAGCAACGGUCACGUUUAUGUCGAUGAAAUCCCUCCUGGUCUCCCGAGGCUUCAUACGCCAUCUGAAGGGAGAGCUUCAGUACAUGGAGCUAGUAGUAUCAGGAAAACUGGAAGCUUUGUUAGACCAAUCUCUCCGAAAUCCCCUGUUGCUAGUGCUAGUGCUUUUGAGAGUGUGGAAGAAUCUGAUGAUGAUGAUAAUUUGACUAAUACUGAGGGUUUAGAUGCUUCCUACUUGCAAGCUAAUGGUAACAAUGAAUUGCCUGUAGAUGCCAAUGAAGAGCAAAUAUCUAUGGUUGCUUCAAGUAUGAUUCGAUCACACAGUGUGUCUGGUGACUUACAUGGAGUUCAGCCUGAUCCUAUUGCCGCUGAUAUUCUUCGUAAGGAGCCAGAGCAAGAGACCUUUGUCCGUCUUAAUGUUCCUCUUGAGGUGCCAACAUCCGAUGAAGUUGAAGCCUAUAAAUGUCUGCAAGAAUGUCUUGCACUGCGGAAGAGGUAUGUCUUCCAAGAAACAGUUGCACCAUGGGAAAAAGAAGUCAUAUCUGAUCCUAGUACUCCAAAGCCUAAUACAGAGCCAUUUGCACACUAUCCUCAGGGAAAAUCUGAUCAUUAUUUUGAGAUGCAAGAUGGGGUAGUCCACGUGUUUGCAAAUAAAGAUACAAAAGAAGAGCUCUUCCCGGUAGCUGAUGCCACAGCGUUUUUCACUGACUUGCAUCACGUACUCAAAGUCAUAGCUGCAGGAAACAUCCGGACUUUGUGUCAUCGUCGACUAGUGCUCCUAGAACAGAAAUUUAAUCUCCAUUUGAUGCUUAAUGCGGAUAAAGAAUUUCUUGCUCAAAAAAGUGCACCACAUCGUGAUUUUUAUAACGUUAGGAAAGUCGACACUCAUGUGCAUCAUUCAGCUUGCAUGAACCAGAAACACCUUUUAAGGUUUAUCAAGUCAAAGCUCCGGAAAGAACCCGAUGAGGUUGUAAUAUUCCGAGAUGGAACAUAUUUGACCUUGAGAGAAGUUUUUGAGAGCCUGGAUCUGACUGGAUAUGACCUGAACGUCGACCUUUUGGAUGUUCAUGCAGACAAAAGUACCUUUCAUCGUUUUGAUAAGUUCAACCUAAAGUAUAAUCCUUGUGGUCAAAGUAGGCUUAGGGAAAUUUUCCUUAAACAGGAUAAUCUUAUCCAAGGUAAUUGAAUACUCUAGUAAUUGAGGAUGGUAAUGUGGCACCAAUGACGGAAGAGAAGGCACUGUAUUUCGGAACCUAUGAAGCUGAAAAGGUUCCAGCAGGUGAAGAACU